AGAGGUGUAUUAGCAAUGUCAAUGAAAGGUACUCGAGGUCACCUUUUCUCGGGACUGGUUGUAGUCCUGAAACUGCCAGCUUUGUUUCUUUUUGAGCUCUGGUGUCUUUCAAGUACCGAAAAAUAUCUUUAUCAAAGGAUCUUAGACUUGGCAGUACCCAUUGCAUCCACGGUGUUUGUAUUCCUUCCACAGUCCCACAUUCUCCAGGUUUACAAGUUCCUAGCUAGUGUAGCUGUACUGGUUUUUAUUCAUUUUCAAACCAAAAAGGUUAUUGAAAGUGACGCAAGCAUUGGAUGCACUGACUUGUUCAACAAUUCUUUUCUACUUGGAUUUGCAGGGCAAUUAGUUGCAUAUUUGUGUAACGAAAACUCAAACCACAACUUAUUUUUCAUGGGACAUAUCAUACCAAUGCUGACAAAAAGUAUUGAUCUUCCUUUCAGGAUUAACCAGUGUUCGCUUUUAUUGACCAGUGGCAUUUAUUGUUUGUAUCUGAUUUGCAAAAUAAAGGAUGGUUUCAUUUUUGCAAUCAAAGAAAUGGAGACAGAGAUUAAAACUUGGAAUUCUUUAGUUAACAUUUUUGGUUUCCUCCCUGUUGCAAGGUUGAUAUCUGAAUCCAGACUUUUAACACAACAGCUUUUGUUAUUCUGGUUGACGUCUUUUGGAUACACGAUUUAUUACUACAUAACAUAUACCACCAAUUCCAAUGUUCUGUCUAUAUCAAAAAUGGAUUGGUCGACAUUUUUUGCAAUUUGUGCGGGAGAAUGCUGCAAAACGUAUUUAGAACUUGUUUCAAUGUGCGUUGCUGUUUCAUAUAUAGCUAAUUUUCUGUUUCAUGUAAUUCACUUUUACGUCCAUGGUUGGAAGGAACUUGCAACAGGUGUUGAUCAUUCUGUUGGAUGGACGAUCGGUAUCCUGACAUUUGUGCUGUCCGUGGCAACUGGAAUUCUAACACCAUCAAAUUCCUUGCAAAAUAUGCUCAAAAAAGGUUUUAUGAUUAAAAUUAUAUCAAUUUAUGUGGCAUCCAAUUUUCUCAAUUCGGCGUAUGAAUUUGCUGAUCCCGCCCUUCUUUCACUGAGUGCAAUAUCAACAACAAAAGUAUCUAAACACAUUCAGGGUCUCAUUUUUUAUGUCUUUAUUAUAGUUUCCUUCUCAUACAUACUUUACAUCGCUUGGCAAGUUGUUGAUGUUUUCCUGACUAUACCAGUAAUUAUCAUAAGUCUGUCCAACAGUAUCCAAGCGAUAGCUUCUAUCAUGAUAUAUUUAUUGUUUGUUUAUGACGGGCUUCAUGCUCAUCCUUUAGAGCACUUAGAUGACAUAAUUUAUUACAUAAGGUCCACUGUGCGUUUUCUAGAUUUUGCAGGGUCAGUUGUUUUGGCUUGCAAUGGAAUAUGGUUAAUAAAGUCAGGUGGACUUAGCUGGAUCCAAUAUCCAUUUUUCGUUUUACACUGCUAUUCUAACGUGUGGGAGAGAUUUCAAAAUGGCUGGAAAAACUUCAUGUUACGGAGAAAUGCUGUGAAGAUGGUAGAUGCCCUUCAAACUGCGACAGAGGAACAGAUUCGUAACCACGAUGAUGUGUGUUCUAUAUGCCUUUGUCCGAUGUCAUAUGCUAAAAUAACCAGAUGUGGACAUUUCUUUCACAGAUCUUGUCUUAAAAAAUGGAUGUAUGUUGGAGAUUCUUGUCCACACUGCCUACAGAAACUUUCUAUUGUUCGUCAAUCCUGAUACAUCAGAAAUGUCAUUGGAAUCUUUUAUACAAUGUAUCUAUUGAAGAGUUUUUGAGAGAAUGUAAAACUUAUUGGGAAAAAGAGCUAAUUUUUGUAUGUUUUACAUAUUGUGUAUUUUGAUUUAAUUGAGAUACAA